AUGGGCCCCUGUACCGCCUCCUCAUGCUGCUGCCAGGCCCGUAAUCUGCCAUGGGCCCCUGUACCGCCUCCUCAUGCUGCUGCCAGGCCUGUAAUCUGCCAUGGGCCCCUGUACCGCCUCCUCAUGCUGCUGCCAGGUCCAGAGUGUCUCAUGGGUCCCUGUACGGCCUCCCAUUGCUGCUGUUUCCAUCGCCACACUCUGCCAUGUGCCACUUUCAGGUCUCCUCACACUGCUGGUGGGUUUAAUUUUUGUCAUAGGGUGCUGUAUGGCCUCCCAUUGCUGCUGCCUCCACCGCCACACUGUGGCUCCACACUCUGGUUUUGGCCCCGUGACUGCCCAAAUGAGUGAAGUGUGCGGUGAUUCUAAGAUCGACGGCACUCAUCUGCAUGUCAUACUGACUGACAGUAUUAUUUCUCUUCCCCAGCAGACUCCAAGGGCAUUUAAAUUAAAGGUACAGUGUUCUGCACUAAUAUAA